CAAAUGGAGAACAGGACGGAAGUGACUGGGUUCAUCCUCCUCGGGCUGUCCAGCGCCCCCGAACUGCAGAGCCUGCUGUGUGUCAUGUUCGCUGUCAUUUACCUCGUCACUCUGGUCGGAAACCUGGGAAUGAUGACACUGAUUCUCCUGGACUCCCGUCUGCACACUCCGAUGUACUUUUUCCUCAGUAACCUGUCUCUGGUGGACUUUGGCUACUCCUCGGCAGUCACUCCGAAAGCCAUGGCUGGGUUACGUACAGGAGACAAGUUCAUCUCCUACAAUGCAUGUGCCGCUCAGAUGUUCUUCUUCGCCGCCUUUGCCACUGUGGAAAAUUAUCUUUUGGCCUCAAUGGCCUAUGACCGCUAUGCAGCCGUGUGCAGACCUCUGCAUUAUACCACAACCAUGACGAUAAGUGUGUGUGCACAUCUGGCCAUAGGGUCCUACAUCCGCGGGUUCCUAAAUGCCUGCUUCCAUGUUGGAGACAUAUUCAGUCUUACUUUCUGUAAGUCCAACACGGUCCAUCAUUUCUUCUGUGAUGUUCCAGCUGUCCUGGCUCUCUCUCGCUCUGAAAAACACAUUAGCGAGGUGGUUCUGGUUUUUCUGUCGAGCUUUAAUGUCUUUUUUGCUCUUCUGGUUAUACUGAUUUCCUACCUGUUCAUAUUUGUGAACCUCUUGAAGAUGUACUCAGCUCGGGGUCACCAAAAGGCUUUGUCCACCUGCGCUUCCCACCUCACUGCUGUCUCGAUCUUCUAUGGGACCGUCACCUUCAUGUACGUACAGCCCAGCUCCAGCCAUUCCAUGGACACAGACAAAGUGGCCUCUGUGUUCUAUGCUGUGGUCAUCCCCAUGCUGAGCCCCGUGGUCUACAGCCUGCGGAACAAGGAGGUCAAGAGUGCAUUCAAGAAGGCAGUUGAGAAGACAGAUGUUUCUACAGGGCUGGGAUGUUAA